CUUCUCCGAUCUAUAGAGUCUAUAGUGUCAAGUGGAGUCAGGAGUGGCCCCAACAAAUGUUUAUCUGUCGCACCAAUCUACAGCCACCGAAGCUCUGGAUUCUGAAUUGCUUGUAAAAGUGACCAUCCACGGCACUUCUAGAUAAGAAACUCUUCAACUUGAAACUUCCCACAGUCUCACCUUCCAAAAUCAUCAUCAAAACCACAAAUUUCUCUGUAAACAAACACCAUAAACAGACCACAACACCUAACCACAUUGUUAUCCACAAAACAUUUCACUGCUGAUACUAGGGAUUGAACAACAAAAAUCCCCCUUUCUCCACAUAUCUUCAAUACCCACUCAAAAUUCCACAUUUGUGAAUUCUUUCUGUGAUUUUUGAGAGGAUUUUACAAGUGGGUAUUGAAUCCCCUCUCCGUCCUUCACGAAUCUUCAAUACUCACUAUUCAAAAUUCCACAUUUAUAGCAAUUUCCGUGAUUUUUGAGAGGAUUUUACUAGUGGGUUUUGAAUUCCCUCUACCCCCUUCACAAAACUCCAACACCUACAGUUCAAAAUCCCAGAAUUCAAGGUUUUUUCUGUAAUUUUUGAAAGGAUUUUACAAGUUUGUAUUGAAUCCCCUCUUCUUCAUUCAAAAAUCUUCAAUACCCACAGUUUGAAAUUCCAUAUUUUGAGAUUUUUGUGUGAUUUUUGAGAGGAUUUUACAAGUGGGUAUUGAAGUUGGAUUGAACCCUUCAUUCUUCACAAGCCUUCAAUACCCACAAUUCAAAAUUCCAAACAUAGAAAUUUUGUCUCUGAUUUUGGAGAGGAUUUUUCAAGUGGGUAUUGAAGUUGGAUAUCUUAAGGCUGCAUGGUUAAGCAACUUAGAGGAGAACACUUUGUUUUAGGUUAUUUGAAGAAGAAAGAGAGGGGAAAGCUUUUAGUUCAAGGACAACAAUGGCUGGUGGCGGAGUUAUUGUUGCUCAAUUAUUGCCAUUUUCUUCAACACUUCACCAUCAAAAUUUCGUCUUUCCUCGAAAAUGGAAUAGUUCUUCAAAUUUACAAUCGCUUUAUCAUACUGGUUUAUGCCACCCCCUCUCUUCUCGUCGAUGGUUGAAUGUUCCCUACCCUCUUUUUACUCGUUCUAGGAUUGAUGGUUUUUGUGCAAGCUGUUCAAUGAUAGAUACCGAUCUGCAUCCCGAUAACAUUGCUUCUGAUGAAGAAGUAGAGGAAGACUUGUCAUCUUCUGUUUCAAAUAACACUGGUCCAAUCAUUAAUCUCCGAACCGAUAUUCUGGAUGCUGAGUCGUUGAACAUUUUGAGUGAAAACACUUAUGUAGAUACUGUUUUGACUGCAUUACCUGUUUUGUCUGAGGAGCAACAAAAUGUCCUUGCUGCUACUCCUGCACAUCCUGCUGGCUUGUAUGCUUUGUACGCCAAUUGCUUAGUAGGGAAUUUUGUGGAACAACUAUGGAAUUUCGCUUGGCCUGCUGCUAUAGCACUGAUCCAUCCUAGUCUUCUUCCUGUUGCAGUCAUGAGCUUCUUUACUAAGCUUGCAGUUAUUCUAGGCGGACCAUUGGUUGGACAACUCAUGGACCAUUUUCCCAGAGUACAUGCAUAUAAUUGUCUGAGUUCUGUCCAGGUAGCGGCUCAGUUGAUAUCUGUGACAAUGAUAAUUCAUGCACAUAAAGUUCGGUCUGCUUCAGUGUCAUCUGUUCUACUUUGUCCUUGGUUUGUUAUCCUAGUAUUAGCAGGUGCAAUUGAGCGGCUAUGUGGCUUAGCUUUGGGGGUUGCUAUGGAACGUGACUGGCUUGUACUGCUAGCUGGAACCAAUCGACCUAUUGCACUUGCUCAGGCUAAUGCUGCUAUUAACCGAAUUGAUCUUUUGUGUGAGAUUGCAGGAGCAUCAUUGUUCGGUAUUCUUCUGACUAAAUAUGACCCUGUGACCUGUUUGAAACUCGCUGCUGGUUUUAUGAUCUGGGGUUUGCCACUUUCGGUUGCUCUUACUUGGCUAACCAAUAGGGUUUCCACUGGUGUUCUUGACCGUGCUAAGUGUCAAUCUACCUGUUCUGAAGGCUCUACUCGGUCUGUCAAGCAGGACAAUGAUAACUUAGUUAAUUCAGGUAUUGAUGCCAUUAAGCAUGGGUGGGCCGAGUAUCUACAGCAGCCCGUUCUUCCUGCAAGCAUAGCUUAUGUGUUUCUGUAUUUUAACAUUGUGCUCACGCCAGGUGGCUUGAUGACUGCAUUUUUGACACAACGUGGUCUUAAUUCGUCCAUAAUUGGUGCGUUCAGUGGAUUGUGUGCUUUUAUGGGUGUUGCAGCGACAUUUGUAUCUGCUGCCCUCAUCCGACGUCUUGGAAUCUUAAAGGCUGGGGCAGUGGGGUUGAUUUUUCAGGCUUCACUUCUUGCGUUAGCUGUUGCUGUUUACUGGAGUGGGUCUCUUUCUCAGCAAACACCCAUCUUAUUCUUCUUAUGCCUGAUUGUAUUGUCGAGAUUAGGACACAUGUCAUAUGAUGUAAUCGGCCAACAGAUACUUCAAACCGGAAUCCCAUCAUCUAAAGCUAAUCUUAUUGGGACAACAGAGGUCUCGGUAGCAAGCUUGGCCGAGUUUGUGAUGUUGGGCAUAGCAAUAAUCGCAAAUGACGUUUCACAUUUCGGAUACCUAGCUAUGCUCUCGCUCCUGUCUGUUGUCGCAGCAGCAUAUAUCUUCUGCCUGUGGUUGAUGAAUCCUACACAAGAGCAACGGAAGCUUUUCUCUUUUGAACACCAAUAUUGAUGAAUCCUACCCAUCGAUCAUCGUUGCCGUAAUAAGCGUGAUUUUUUUGGUUCCGAUUACAUGUUUGAUUCUUUGGGGACAAUUGGUAUCCCUGCAUCAGCUACUACCCGAUUUCGGGCAAUUUCUCUUGUACAUGUAGGAAGAAGGUGACUAGUUUGAUCCUUCAAUUCGAUUUUGUCAUUAUUGGAAGGUUAUUUACUAUCGAUUUUGUACAGACUAGAGACAUCUUAUUAGGCUCGAAACAAUGGAGAAAGAAAAAAAGAUUUUUUGGGCGAAUACAUACAUUCAUUCUAUUUUAUUUAACAAAA